UCCUAUCUCCCAGACAUCACAGCAAGAAGUUGUCUCUCGCUGAUCGGUAGACAUAGACAAGAACACCAUGCUGCGCAAGAACACCAUGUCCUCCCUUGUCUUCCUCGUGGCGCUGCUACUCUUGUGCAGCUCCAUCUCCAUGAGCAGCGCAGCACGACACCUAGAGGAGGCUGUUCCCAAGAAGGAGUAUCCACCACAUCCGAUCGUCCCGGAGCUGCCAAAGCCCGAACUCCCGCCGCACCCCGUCAUGCCCGAGCUGCCGAAGCCUGAGCUGCCACACCCUCUCGUCCCCGAAGUGCCACACCCCGUGGUGCCCGAGGUGCCAAAGCACGAACUGCCGCCGCACCCUGCUAUGCCCGAGCUCCCGAAGCCUGAACUCCCGCAUCCGGUUGUGCCUGAGGUGGCAAAGGAGCCUGAAGUGCCAGUGCCACACCCCGUGGUGCCGGAGAUGCCAAAGCACGAGCUGCCACCGCACCCUGCUAUGCCCGAGCUCCCGAAGCCUGAACUGCCGCAUCCGGUUGUGCCUGAGGUGGCAAAGGAGCCUGAAGUGCCAGUGCCACACCCCGUGGUGCCGGAGAUGCCAAAGCACGAGCUGCCACCACACCUUACUAUGCCGGAGAUCCCGAAGCCUGAGCUGCCGCAUCCGGUUGCCGAGGUGCCAAAGGAGCAUGAACUACCACACCCCGUCAUGCCGGAGGUGCCAAAGGAGCACGAGCUGCCGCACCCUGCCAUACCAGAGUUGCCGAAGCCUGAAAUGCCACACCAUGCCGUGCCAGAGGUGCCAAAGGAGCCCCAUGUGCCGCACCCCGAGGUGCCAGAGGUGCCGAAGGAGCACGAGUUGCCGCACCCUGCUGUGCCAGAGGUCCCGAAGCACGAAAUGCCGCCGUUUCCCAAAGCCGAGUUGCCCUUGCCCCCGAAGCCCGUGUUCCAUUUUCCUGAGCCAGAGGCCAAGCCAUGAUCGGAGUAGCUACAACCGCACAGUGUCCGUUAUCUAAGUAUUAUCAAACCCAUACUAUACAUGCGCGCGUGUGUUGUACAUGUCGUUAGAGCCCGCACUACUCUACUUCGUGACGAGAGCAUUAUGUAUGAGUGAUACUGCAUGGUGCAGCUGCUCAAUCUGUUCCUUUUAUGUAUAUUCAUGAUGUAUAUGCAUGAUAUGCACAUGAAUAAGUAUGUUUCUGUUUGGAA